GAGGCAGAUGAUUCCCAACCUAAAGCAGUUAUUGCACCCCAUGCAGUUGCUGUUCACACAAGAUUGCAACAAAACGAAGGAAUCCUUGUGAAGUACCACACAAUGAAAGCAGGAACAGACGGUGACAUUGUUUCCAUCAGAAUCUCCCAGCAGCUUCUCUGAUUCUUUCACAGUGCAUUGUCUCAUAGUCAGUAUUUCUGGUAUACAAAUCCUUCUCCUCUUCAGUAAAAUAAAGAUAAACAUAAGCUUUACUGUUCUAUGACUUUUUCCAUUGUCUAUAAGUAUGUAAAUUCCAAUUCCCUUAGUGCCUUACCACAAUAUGACUUUCUCAAAACAAUUCCCUCUUCUUCUCUAUUUCUUCUUCUUCUUCUACUUUCCUCUCCUAAAUGCCUCAAAACCAAAACGUUGCUACAGUUCUUCAUGUGGAGGAAACAACCUUGACGUUAGCUUCCCUUUCUGGCUAUCUCCUGAGCAAUCUUCGUCAUGUGACUACCCAGGAUUCAACCUCCAUUGUGAGACAGCCUUAAAGCUUCCAAAUUCCAGACGAUUUCUCGUCCAAGACAUAAAGUCGCAGCGUAUUCACCUUAGAGACCCCGAUAACUGCUUAGCCAGACGGCUUCUCAGCUUCGACGCUUCAAUGUCUCCUUUUUCUCCUCUUCACCUUGUCAACUACACUUUCUUGAGCUGUCAUAACGAAAACGUCAAAUCCUCUUCUUUGGAACCCAUCCAUUGCCUUACUAAUUCCACACCUUCAGAUCUCACCGGUUCAAUGCCGUCCUCUUGUCAAACCUUGAAGACACUACUUCUUCCGGUCUCUUCACCACUCGCAGGUGAUCUCAACAAACAAGACCUCUGGCUGAAAUGGGACUCACCGGAUUGCACAGGUUGUGUUGAUUUUAGUCCGUUAUGUAGCUUCAUAAACAAUACCAUCCUCAAAGUCAAAUGCUUCACAUACGUUGAUUCUGGAAACCCUUGGUUAAUAACGUUAAAGAUAUUAUGCUUAUGCCUAUCCGUACCAUUCUUCAUAGUGAUAACUCCUGCCGUCUGUAUCAUUUUUAUCCCAAUCCAACAACAAGCCAAGAGUGUCCCUUGGCGAAAUGACACUCUCUGUCCCAUUUGUUUAUCAGAAUACACAAGUGAAGAGACCGUUAAGUGCUUACCCGAAUGUGAACAUUGCUUCCACACCGAAUGCAUCGACCCGUGGCUCAAGUUGCAUAACUCUUGUCCGGUUUGUCGGAAUUCGCCUUCAUCUUUGCCAAAUAAAGCUGCCACGACGAACGUUGUCUAGAUUUGAUUCGAGCCACUAUUGAUUGUUUAUCGUAAUUUCAAUGUUGCGCAUUACGCAAUUUCAGACGAACAUUUCCCAAGCUUUACUAAUAAAUGGAUAGAUGUGAAUUUGUCUCCGAUAUUAGCUAGUAGUCGUCUCAGUCCAACCUUUGAAGUUCGUGAAACACACGCACGCGUUUCUAAGCGAGUGAGCGUAGUACAUUGUAUAGCUUUAGUCUUAAACGUUAUUGGACUUCAAACAUUAUUGGGCUUCUAACAAAAUUCGCUAGACCACGACAACAUUUUCAUAAACUU